AUGUUCUCUUCCUUCCUUCCGUUCCAGGUUGAGUAUACGGAAUGGACGGUCAACUAUAACUAUGUGGAGAAUUGGAACGCUAAGGACUUUGACGACUCUGCUUGGCAGAAAAGCAAGGCCAGUGCCUUUACUUCUGGCUCUGGAAUCACUACCUAUAUUCGCAAGAACAUCGAGAUUCCUGACAUCAACAGCUAUUACGUGUUGAACGUUCGUGUGAAGUAUGCUGGAGGAGUUGCUGCUUACUUCAAUGGACGACUCGUGGCUCGCUUCAAUCUGGAGGAAGAUUUCGCUGAUGACACGCAGUCCAUUGAAGUGCAUAACCAAGAUGAGUUCUCCAAGUUCCAUGUGAUUCUGACGACGGUUAAUGGAGAGACUGGAAAGAAUGUGAUGGCCUUUGAAGUUCAUCGUCCUAUUGGCCAAUCUUCUUCGAGCCCUGCUGUGUUCGAUGCUACUGGCGUGUUCGGAGUGAACGAGUGCUCGGUUCUGGUGGAUACAUACUCGGAUAUUUCUGGAUCGCCUGUUACUCUUGUUGAAGCUGAAUCUUUGCUGGAUCUGAAUCCCACAACCUAUGGAUAUCAGGCGAACACUCAGGGAACGCGUCUUGACUGGGAAGUGGAGAACUUGGAGGGAACCAAGUUCAACCACUUCGCCAUGCAGACUGUGUAUGCUCGUACUGGACUUGGAUUCUCUCUCUAUGUCCGCGAUGAUCGGAACGACGAGUACACUUCUGCUCUUGCUCUUCUUAGUCAGAGCACUCUGGCGUUGCAACGUACUGCUUUCUCUGUGCCUGUGGGUAUUGCUGGCUUCCGACAGCUCAGAUACCAGGUGGAUGUUCCUGCCUCCGCUGAUGUGUACGUGAGCUCGUACAUGCUUUUGUACUGCAAGCCUAGUGGAACUGGAGUGUGUCCUGGAAUCGGUGAUUAUCCCUCCGUGGGAGAGGGAGAAAUCUCGCCUGCAGACUGCGAACGUGGAUAUCGUGGAUACUCGUACCGUACUUGCACAAAUGGUCAGCUGGGUAAGAUCAACAACCAGUACUGUGUGCAGAAGGUUCCCUCAAGAAUCACCUACAGUGCGAGAAUCUUUAACCUCAUCAUUGGUGUGAACACCCAGAUUGCAGCUCCCAGAUAUAAUAACAUUAUUGAGGAGUUCUAUUUGGCUGAGAACACCUUCCUGCCCGCUGGCUUGGUGCUGAACGCCAAGACCGGAGAAAUUACUGGAAUUGCCACGGAGGAAGUUGCGUUGAGAGCCUACACGAUCUAUGGAAAGAACCAGGUUGGCUCGGACUCUGUUGUUAUCAAUCUCUCUGUGAAGAAGGGAACCUGCAAGGCGGAGGGUAAUUUCGAGACUACGAAUGUUGGUGAGGUCUAUAUCUAUGAUUGCGCUAAGGGUGGUUCCUAUGUGGGUACCGAGAAGAGAGCUUGCAAUCUUGGUGAAAAGGACGGAGAAUGGGGUCCAGUCUCUGGAUAUUGUAUGCCGAUCGCGAUGAUCAUCAUUCUGGUAAUCGUUGCGAUUAUCAUUAUUGUUAUUGUUGCCUUCGUUCUGAUUCGUGUGACUGGAAGAGCGAAGGCUGUGGGUGGCGUCAAGGGAAGAAGUGCGAGAGCCACACCGUCAAAGAAGAGUCUGUCCAAGAAGGAGAGCACGAAGAAGGCUGUAAAGGUUUAA